AGAACAGAAGCGGAACCAAAAACAAGCGGAACCAAAAAACAAGCCCAACAAGAGGGGACGGAAAAGAGUGGAACGCAGACAGGAAAUGACUAAGCGGAAAACACAAACAAGGAAGUGGAGUGGAGAUGACCAAGCGGGAAACACAAACACAGAAGAGGAACCAAAAGACCAACAGAGGAACCAAAACAAACCACAAUUGAAGAAAAGCAACGGAAAGAGGAACAGCUACGAGACAGAAUAAACAAGAGAAGAUUUUGUUUGAAAGAAAAGCAUCUUGGGGAAACGACAAACGGAAGGACAAGAAGUCCAACAGACACAGUGAGUAAGCAGUGCCUGAAGAAGGCUAAACCAAGCCGAAACGUCGCGCGCGAAAAGCUUACUCGGGGGAAUGAUGCUGGACUGAUGUGGGGGGUGCCAUUAAUUGUAUAUGUGUAUGUAUUUAUUUUGGGGCGGACAUGCCAUUUUUUAUUUGAUGGACAGGGGGCGCCAAAUUUGGUUAGGGGAAUGGUGAAAAGACAAAGAAAGAGGUGGAACUAAAAUAAAUUGAACCUAAAUUAAGGAGGAAUUGAACCUAAAUUAAGGAUAACAAAGUCAAAAUUAGGACAGACAAACUUAAAACCUAAAUUAGGAGGAUGGACGGAACAUAAUGUAACUAAUGGAAGGAGGUUGGCACGCCAAAUUCGGCCAAUUAGAAGAAAAACAAAAGGAAAAGUCUAAAUUUAGAAAACUAAGAAAAACAAAAUAAAGACAAAAAAGUCACAAACACAAAGUCAAAUAAGGACACAGAGUGAUCAAAAGCAAUUUUACUAACUUUGGAGGAUGGACGGAACAUAAUGUAACUAAUGGAAGGAGGUUGGCACGCCAAAUUCGGCUAAUUAGAAGAAAAACAAAAUGAAAAGUCUAAAUUUAGAAAACUAAGAAAAACAAGACAAAAAAGUCACAAACACAAAGUCAAAUAAGGACACAGAGUGAUUAAAAGCAAUUUUAUUAACAAAAAAACAAAUGGAAGUCAAACAAGACAAAAAAUAAAGUCAAAUAAGGACACAGGGUGAUAACAAAAGACAAAUUGAAGUCAAACAAGACAAAAAGGUCAAAACAAACAUAAAACCAAAUACGGAACAAUUGAAGUCAAAUAAGACAACAAAAAGGUCAAAACAAACAUCAAAUUAAAGCAGUAACUCAAAUCGGAGUACAUUAAAAGGGGAAUUCUCCCGCGUGUCUCAGUGGUGGGGCCGGGCGGUUGCGUAGUGUGGAGCUUGGGGGAUGGACAGUGCAUUCCUUCCUCUCUGGGGGGCGCUCGCGUCCCCAGAGGGGGAGGCUCGGAUUCCCUCCCCUAACCUCGCCAGUGCCUCCCCCUUGCUCUCUUCUGCCCGAACCCCUCCCUUGGAUUCCGCGCCAUUGGCCUGGAUUCGGUGGGGUCCCUCGCCUGCGUGCUCGUCCCCCGACCCUGGCCCUGGUCGCCUUGUCCCGCCUUCCGGACCUUACCUAUUGGAGUCGCGCCGCCAGAGAGCCUAAGCCGCGUGAGUGGAGUCGCGCCGCCGGAGAGCCGUAAGCCGCGUGAGUGGAGUCGCGCCGCCAGGGAGCCGUAAGACGCGUGAAUGGAGUCGCGCCGCCAGAGAGCCGUAAGCCGCGUGAGCUGGAGUCGUAGCUGGGAUCCGAGGGAUCCAUCCGCAACAGAGGAGGUGAUGCCGGACGAGCACGUGAACCAACAAAUUGGACCUUAGUCAGGUUGGUGGAAUGAGUGUGGCUGGAGUUGGCGUCAGUGGGGGGGGUCGCGUUGUGGGGGGAUUCCUGCCGGCUCCUCCUUGGAGGACCGGAUGCCUCACCCACUCCGGAUCCUAACCAUAACCCCAGAGGGGUCCAGCCCUAACCUUAAAUUUGGAUCUGCGCAACCCCAGUUACGCCAUUAAAUUCGGGGGAUAACCCGAACCCUAGGGCCUCUCCCAAUGGGGCGAAAAAUUAACACCAAAAGAAAAUCAAAAUAACUCAAAAAUGAAAGGAGAAAUCACUCAAAGACUACAAGAGUAAAGAACAGAAGCAAAAUAACUCAAAAAAUAAAGGAGAAAUCACUCAAACACUAAAAGAGUCAAGAACAGAAGCAAAAUAACUCAAAAAAGAAAAGAGAAAUCACUCAAACACUAAAAGAGUAAAGAACAGAAGUAAAAUAACUCAAAAAAGAAAAGAGAAAUCACUCAAACACUAAAAGAGUAAAGAACAGAAGCGGAACCAAAAACAAGCGGAACCAAAAAACAAGCCCAACAAGAGGGGACGGAAAAGAGUGGAACGCAGACAGGAAAUGACUAAGCGGAAAACACAAACAAGGAAGUGGAGUGGAGAUGACCAAGCGGGAAACACAAACACAGAAGAGGAACCAAAAGACCAACAGAGGAACCAAAACAAACCACAAUUGAAGAAAAGCAACGGAAAGAGGAACAGCUACGAGACAGAAUAAACAAGAGAAGAUUUUGUUUGAAAGAAAAGCAUCUUGGGGAAACGACAAACGGAAGGACAAGAAGUCCAACAGACACAAAUACUUCGGCACAUCUUUUCUAUGAGAGAGUUUGGACUUUGUGGACGACUGAAUCGGCACGUCUGAAGGCAUGUUGCGCCCUACCUGCAGUGGGAAAUCCCCAUCAAAGGCCUCCUCUCAGUUGUCCACGUCGUACGCCUCCUCCUCUUGGUCAUCAUCGUCCUCAGUGGAAGCGCAGUACUCAUCCUGCACGUGUGCAGGCUGAUCCAGACCACGCUGGAGGGCUGUGAGCUCGAGUUCACGUAUGAGGAAGGACGAAAGGAAGGAAAGAAGGACAGAGGCCCAGAAUGACUAGCGCGGCACCGUCCAAGAAGCCGUACCGGAAAGCUCCGCCACAGCAUCGUGAAGCGCGUCACGCCAUUCCCGCCGCACCGAUGCCGACACCGCCUCCUCAACUGGAUGACAGUCAGGAGGUUUUGUCCGACUCGGACCGUAUCAGAAUCCUGCAGCAGCAGAAUGAGGAUCUGCGGCGACGCCUGUCCCUCUCCAGCCACAAAAUGGACGCCAUGGAGGUGGAGUUUGACGGUAACCGCCAUUACAUGGAGGCGGAGCUAAGCCACACCAGGGAUGACCUUGACAAGAUGAGGGACAAGUUUCGCCGACUCCAGAACAGUUACACAGCGUCUCAGAGGGCCAAUCAGGACUUAGAAGAGAAACUUCAUGCUCUGGCUGCUGUCAGUCAGACUUGGGUCCAUGCACUGCGGACGGUGGAGCGAGACAAGAAGACAAUGGACCAGGAGAUGGUAGAGCUCACCAACAAGCUGCUGGAGGCCAAGAACACCAUCGACCGCCUCGAGGAGCUUAACGAGCGUUAUCGACUGGACUGCAACCUCGCCGUGCAGCUGCUUAAAUGCAACAAGUCGCAUUUCAGGAACCACAAGUUUGCUGAUCUGCCGUGUGAACUUCAAGAUAUGUUGAACAAACACAUGAAGAGCAGCAGCCUGCCUGAGCGAAGCCCCGGCCCCCGCAGUCAGGACCCGGACACGCUGAGUCUGACUCCUUCCGACGUGGUCCCGACCUCCAUGAUCGCUCGCGUCCUAGAGAAACCCGAGCCGCUGCUCCUGAACUCGGCGCAGUCCAGCAGCCGCGGCUGGCCGGCCGCCGAGGACGUCUUUGUGCACGUGGACAUGACGGCUGAAGGGCGAGGUGCCGAGGACGCCGUGCCCCGCAACGGUUCGUGUCGGAACCCCGAUUGCCCGGAUGCCGUAGAGGAGGUGGGUGGCGCGCCGUCCUUCGACAAGCUCAACCCAUACCCGCCGCCCCCGCCGCCCAACCCGCUCUACCCGGGACGCAAGGUCAUCGAGUUUUCCUCGGACGACAAAGUGAAGAUUCCCAAGAACAGUCCGCUUCCCAACUGCACGUAUGCCACCCGCCAGGCCAUCUCGCUCAGUCUGCAAGGCGAGCAGCCGCCUCCGCCGCCCAGCCCCGCGCCCUCGCGUACUGCACUCCAGCAUCACAGUGGUGUCGCAGACACGCCCUCCAGCCAGUCCAGCCCCUUCAGCAGCCCGCCACAGGCACCCAGCAUGGGGGCCAGUUCUGCCAGUUCUUCCGAGGACCUCUUGGCCAACUGGCAGCGGUUGUUUGUGGACAAGAUGGCGCCCUCAGUGGCGGGCGGUGGGGCCCCCUCAAGGGUGGCAUACUCGGACGGCGAGGAGGGCUCCACCCCCAGUCACGCCUCCAGCGUCGACACAGACACGGACGCCGAGCCCCGGCCCAAUGCCAGAGGGGAGCGGCUCCUGAUGAACUCGGACCCGGACCGAGAUGGCGCGACGGUCGUCAUGGUGACGGCGCACACCCGAGAGGAGGAGGAAGAGGAGGAGGAAGAGGAGGAGGAGCCGGGCAGCCUCGCCCGAGAUUUGCCUGUCAUUUCCCCCAGCCUCUUGGACUAUGACUCCGCCUUCGCCGCAGCGGCGCUGCCACGACCUCACAGGAGCCCCAAGAGGAUGGGGGUGCACCACCUGCACAGACACCAGCAAUAACAAACACACACACACACACAACCAGGAUCCAGCCAUACUUGUCUGUCGUGCGUGCGUGUGUGAACCUUGGAAGUUUUCUUUUGAAGGGAAGGACGUUCUCUCGGUGCCUCAGUAACGUCGCGUCUCCCAUUUCUUUCGUUCGCAUUUCACUUAGCAUUCAAAUCAAACUGAUGUCGUGGCAAGAUGACUUCGGCAGGUUGUACAUAUAACAACAAAGUGGAUCCAAAUUGUGGAAUAAUAUUUUUCUACUUUGAGCUAUGUGAAAACAAUGACCACGCCGGGCCACACGUUAGCAUGUUUUAUUCACGAUGUUUGAUUGUUGUCGAUUUUUCUUGUCGGUCAACACUUUUUUUUUUUUUUUUUUUUGGGCGCGAUUGUGAUUGUUGUCGAUUCCGCUGAAUGUGACCCACCACUGAGCACAACGAUUGAUCGGGUCAAGAUAUCUGUCGUAUCGCCCCAGUAUCAAUGAGUAUCAUCUCAUUAAUGGAUGACGCGCGAUGGGAUCAAAUGACGAUCACGUGACGACGAAUGUCAGUAUUGAAAAUAAAGAGGUGCUUUGUUGUGUUGUGGCAUGUGGUUGGCAGGAGGACAACUUGUUUGUAUUCGGCUUCAAAAGGGCUGCCGAGCGUUUUCAUAUUUCAUCAGAGUGGCGAGCGGUCCGAGUCCCAAUAGAUUUGACGUGUCGCUGGAAUGAGUCGUCGGCCGUCGUCCUUUUCUUCGUUUUUAUCUUCGCGCUCUCCUCCUCCGACCUUCGGCCCGCUUGACUUUGACGAAGAUUUGGUCCAUUUCUCCUUUUCUAUCUAGACAUUUUAUUUCUAGUCAUCAUAACUUUUGAGGUCGUACGUACAAUAAGCCAGUUUGCUCAUUCGAUUCAACCUAAAGUAGAAGCGGAGAAAUGUUUUUUUGAAGUGGCCAAGCAUGUCCCACGAUGCAUCAGGAAAGCUCACAGGAAGUGGCAAUGACCGCUCGGCAUCUUCUUGAAACAUUUACACCUGUCAACUUAUUUGUCACAUGGUUUAGGUGAGUAAAUGGAAGGUUAGACGGCAUUAAUGAAUGCAACAUUAGCGAACUCGUCACAAGUUUGCGUUUCUGUGAUGAGCAAUUAGCGAUGAGCUCAUCUGGCGACUACGUUCAGUUCAACAUCUCCGCCGUUCACCAAAAUGUCAGCAACUCGGCCGCCGCUGCCUCCUCGUCAACAGGUGCUCGCACAGUCUGUGAUCUUUGAGGUUCCAUGAACUUCGCCUGAUGAUUGAUAUGUAAACUGAUGUAUAUUUUCAAAUUAAUAAUAA